AUGGAAUUAGAACAAGACCCUUCUCUUUCUGGUGCUUAUAUCCGUAGUUUAGUGAAACAAUUAGCAACCACAACAAAACCAAAAGAAACCAUGAAAACCAAACACCAUGAACAUGAAAAUUUAAGAAAACAUAUGAAAGUUCAACCACAACAUCACAAAAAACAAGUUAGAAGAAGACUUCAUACAAGUAGACCUUAUCAAGAAAAGCUUCUAAAUAUGGCCGAGGCUAGAAGAGAAAUUGUCACUGCCUUAAAAUUUCAUAGAGCAUCUAUGAAACAAGCUAGUGAAAAGGAGCAACAACAAAAGCAUUAUCAACAACAUCAACAAGAAUCAUUAUUAGUAGUGUCUCAUUCUAGCCAACAACUUUCACAUGUUUCAAGUUUUGACUUUGAGAAAGAUUUAAGGUUCAAGUCUAGGAGAAAUCCUAGGAUUUAUCCAUCAUGCACAAACAAUUUUUCAAAUGAAUUUUCCUAUUCUUCUUUCUCAAAUUAUCCAAUCUCACUUCCAAUUCAAAACUCUCACAUAUGGCCUAUUUCUUCCUCAUUUUCACCAACCUUUUUGGUUGAAAAUUCCAAUUAUACCCUCCCAAAUCAAUCCUUAGGAUUGAACCUUAGUUUACAUGAUUUCAACAAUUUAGAUGCUACCCUUUUACUUACCAACAACAAUAACAAUAACUCUUCAUUGUGUUCUUACUCAUCUCCAACAUCUUCAUCUCCUCAACUUUCUUUAGCAAAUGAUCAUGAAGUUCCAUCAAAUGGAAUAUCACAAGGAGAAGGAGUUUCCUUAGAGGUAGAUACAAUUGAAUCAAGUGAUACUAUAACUAAGGUCAAUGAAGGAGGCUCUCAAUCUCAUGCAGCCAUUGAUGAUGAGAGUAUGGAAGAGAUGAGAUCAUUAGGAGAACAAUAUCAAAUGGAAUGGAAUGAUACAAUGAAUUUGGUUACAUCAACUUUAUGGUUCAAUUUCUUGAAACAAAUGGAACAUGAUGAUGAUGCAUGUAAUUAUGUCUUUGAUGAAUUCAUGGAAUUUCCAGCUAUGUUGAAUGCACAAGAAGAGAGAUGUUUAGAAGAAUGGUCAGAGGAUUACUACCUAGAUCUUAACUUACCUUGGUAA